CAGUGUGUCUGAAAUGUGUGUCUGAAAUGUCCUGCAUAAUGCCAAAAAACAGCCCCGCCUUGGUCACAGAGACACUUAAUGUUUAUCAGUGUUAGUGACAGUGUCUAUGCAGGUCUUCUACGUCCGGUUAUCGUCGACUAAAUGGACAGUGGUGUUAGAGGAGGUAGGAUGAGAGGGAUUAGCCUGUGGGCUCUUCUGCCUCCACUCUACUCUCUGUGUGUUACUAUUGGACUGUGGGUGGUGUACUUUGUGGCAGUCAAUACUGGACAGGUAGUCCCUCUGACAUCACAAUACAGACGAAAUGGAUCCGCACGUCCUCCCUACAUCAGUAUUGCAGGGAACUCUCCUCCAGCCAGUUGCAUCUUCAGCGAGGUCAUGAACCUGGCAGCAUUUGGGGGGUUCGUUAUUGCCCUUCUCCGAUACCUUCAGCUAAAAAACAGAAUAGACAAGGCUUGGCAAAACGUCACAAGUCUAGUGGUAUUCUCCAUUGGCUCCUUUGGGAUGACCCUGAUUGGUAACUUCCAGCUAUUUAUUGAAGAGGAUAUUCACAAUUUUGGCACCUUCUUGACCUUCGGAUUGGGGACAGUUUUCUGCUGGGGUCAGUCCUAUCUUACCUUCAAAGUUAACCUGAGGAAUGAAGGGUUCAAGACAAGUAUGUUGCGUUUCCUGCUGUCUGGCUGCAUCACUUUCUGCUUGGUUCUUUACUUCUCUCUCAUGUUCCAGCGCCUCCACAUGCAUGCAGCGCGCAGCCAGUGGGCUCUGGUUAUGUUCUUCCUCAUCUUUAUCAGCUCUUUUUGCAUAGAGCUUCGCUACAACCACUUUGAGAUUGUGUGUACAGAAACCAACUGUAGGCAUGAGCAGAAAGAUUCUGACACUGACCUGAACAUGACACAUGUGCAGAAUAUUGUUGAUUAACAACAUGAUGCAGUAUUUCAUGUGAUAUUUCUGGGUACUGUUAGUUACAUUGUAUUACGUACUUGUAUUUAUCUCCAUAUUUUAUCAAAUGCAUUUUUUUAAUCUUAUCUCAUAGAUAUCUUACAGAACAGCCAAAACUCGUUAGAUUUAAGAUUAUGACUUGACUUUAGUGACUAUGCAAAUAUUUAAUCUAGUUUUGCAUGGGUAUGAAUUCUGUUUGUAGGUGGAAGCAUUGAAGUAUUUACUCCAAACAUUUUGAGUGUCUUUAGCUUCAAGUCAAGUGGUCAAUUCUUCAAUAAGACAUACAUGUAAUACUUUUCAUAAUAAAAACUACAGAUUUUUCCAUGUA